UAAUUACAGAAGCGAAGGAAAAAUCUGGAGUGCGAGAAAGCCUUAUCAUGCAAAAGGUAGAGAAAUAGCCACACAAACACCACAACCCAACCCACACCACAUUUUCUCCUGUUUUUCUCUCUCCUUACACCCCCACUCUCUCUCUCUCUCUCUCUCUCCUUCAGCUCUUCUAUCUCUCCCGUUUUUCUCUUCUCACUUCUAAUUGUGAGAGAAACUGCCGGCAGUUGAAGGAAGUAAUCUCGCCAUUUUUUGCAGGGAAUUGAAAUUAAUUUUGUUGGAAUUAUACGGAUAAGGCUGUUGUUGUACCGUUGGGGAGGUAUAGACGAAUUUCCUAAUUUGUGUUUUUUUGGGAAUGUUGGAGGGUAUAUAAGUGUUGAGCAAUGGCUUCUUUAGCUUCGUUAGCGAAUUUGGGAAGCGUGAACAUGAUUUCGUUCAGUAAUUUCGAUGGGUCGGUUUGCUUAGUUAGGAGCAUCGCCUUCCACAGAAACGGAGCUAGUUUUAGAAGGUCUUGGAGCAGCAAAAGGUUGAGUUAUGUUGGUGUUUGUAGAUAUUCUUUAACAACCGAUGUAAUUACCGAUCAAGGCACUUCAGUUUCGCUCGAUUCUAGUAAAGAAAGCGACACCGACACGUUUCUAAAGGCAGCUCCUAAGCCAGUCUUGAAAGCAGGACCAAAGGUCAAUAACCCCAUUCUAAGCCCCCCUUUGGAUAGUAAGAAGACGAAUGGUGCAUCGGGAGAGAGAGGUAGUGUAAUCGAGUCUUUAGGGGCAGUUUUGGAAAAGGCAGAAAAGCUAGAGACUAAGAAGGUGAACAUGCCUGUAAGUAAUAAACCUACGGCUAGCGUAACAGUUGACCAAAAGAACGGUCAACCGAUUGCUUCCGUGGGCAAGGCCAAGAACACAAAGAGCGUGUGGCGAAAGGGUAAUCCAGUUGCUGCUGUAGAGAAAACCAUAGUGAAGGAGCCUUUUAAACAAGAUACUAGCAAAGCUCAGCCCGUUUCUCCGCUUAGACCGCCUUUAAAAGUCCAGCCUAUGUUACAAGCAAGACCUUCUGUGGCGCCACCUCCUUUGCCGCCAGUAAAAAAACCCGUCAUUCUAAAGGAUGUAAACGCAUCUUCGAAGCCACCUGUCGCUGAAGAAACCGAUUCAGUUGCAGCCCCAAAGACUAAAGAACGUGGUAAGACGAUUUUAAUAGACAAGUUUGCUUCCAAGAAGCCGGCUGUCGAUCCAGCUGUCGUUCAAGCUGUUUUGGCCCCACCAAAACCCGGGCGGGGUCCGGCGCUCGGCAAAUUCAAGGAUGAAUUUAGGAAAAGAGGCGGCCCUGCCGGAGGGUUUCGAAGGCGUAAGGCUGCCGACAAUGACGAGGAUAUAUCGGAGCUCGAUGGAUCUAUUCCCGGCGGCGGUGGUGCCAGAAAGGGGAGGAAAUGGUCCAAAGCUAGCCGGAAGGCUGCUAGGCUCCAGGCGGCAAGAGAUUCCGCCCCGGUCAAAAUGGAGAUCAUUGAGGUUGAAGAAGAUGGUAUGUUGACCGAUGAGCUGGCGUUCAAUUUGGCCAUCAGUGAAGGCGAAAUUCUCGGGUAUUUCUACUCGAAGGGAAUUAAACCUGAUGGUGUACAAAAGCUGAGCAAAGAUAUGGUGAAGAUGAUUUGUAGAGAGUACGAGGUGGAAGUGAUUGAUGCUGAUCCUAUAAGAUUGGAAGAUAUGGCGAAAAAGAAGGAAAUUUUCGAUGAAGACGACUUGGAUAAAUUACAAGAUCGACCUCCUGUGUUAACUAUAAUGGGCCACGUUGACCAUGGAAAGACGACACUUUUGGAUCACAUACGGAAGACUAAGGUGGCGGCAUCUGAAGCUGGUGGUAUUACACAAGGAAUAGGGGCUUAUAAGGUUCAAGUACCUAUUGAUGGAAAGACACAAACUUGUGUGUUUCUUGAUACUCCCGGACACGAGGCUUUUGGAGCAAUGAGAGCGCGUGGAGCGAGAGUGACCGACAUUGCAAUAAUUGUGGUUGCAGCUGAUGAUGGGAUUCGACCUCAAACAACUGAGGCAAUUGCUCAUGCCAAAGCAGCUGGGGUGCCGAUUAUUGUUGCUAUAAAUAAGAUAGAUAAGGACGGAGCUAAUCCAGAUCGAGUCUUGCAAGAUCUUUCAUCAGUUGGUUUGAUGCCUGAAGAUUGGGGUGGUGAUGUCCCCAUGGUCAAGAUAAGUGCUCUUAAAGGAGAGAAUGUUGAUGAAUUGCUGGAAACUGUCAUGCUUGUUGCUGAGGUAACACACACACACACACACACUCACUCACACAGACAAAUUAUAUAUAUAUAUAUAUAUAUUAUAUAUAUAUAUAUAUAUAUAUAUAUAUAUAUAUAUAUAUUUCCUUAUAAUUGUGAUGCAUGGUGCAUGGUUGGGCAGGUGAUUGGAUUAAAUAUGUUUCCUUUAGCGGGAGAUGAGUUCGAGGUAGUGAGUUCGCUCGAUAUAGCUCGAGAACAGGCCGAGUUGAGGGCAGAUAGUAUGAGAGACGAACGUAUUGCAGAAAAAGCAGGGGAUGGUAAAGUUACUCUUUCAUCCUUUGCCUCUGCUGCUUCGGCUGGAAAAAGUGCUGGAUUAGAUUUGCACCAGCUUAAUAUUAUACUCAAGGUCGAUGUUCAGGGAUCCGUGGAGGCAGUGAGGCAAGCUCUGCAAGUACUUCCACAAGAUAACAUCACUCUCAAAUUCUUACUGCAAGCAACCGGUGAUGUCAGCGCCAGUGAUGUUGACCUGGCGGUCGCAACUAAAGCUAUUAUAUUCGGAUUUAAUGUAAGAACACCUGGUCCGGUCAAAACCUAUGCAGAUCAAAAAGGCGUCGAAAUACGCCUCUAUAAAAUUAUCUACGAGCUUAUUGAUGAUGUGCGGAUUGCUAUGGAGGGACUCCUCGAUUCAGUUGAGGAACAAAUACCAAUUGGUUCGGCACAAGUAAGGGCUGUAUUUAGUAGUGGCAGUGGGCGUGUGGCUGGAUGCAUGGUAACGGAGGGCAAAAUAGUCAAAGACUGUGGAAUUCGCGUUCUAAGAAAAGGCAAAGAAGUUCAUGUUGGUGUACUCGGUUCCUUAAGACGGGUCAAAGAGCUGGUCAAAGAGGUAAAUGCUGGACUAGAGUGUGGAAUCGGUAUCGAGGAAUUCGACGAAUGGGAGGAAGGAGAUACAAUCGAAGCCUUUAACUCGGUGCAAAAGAGACGAAAACUCGAAGAGGCAUCGGCUUCAAUGUCAGCUGCACUUGAGCUUCACUUGAAGAAUUAAUUAAAAGGGAUACUAAAUCAAUAUGCUUAAUUCAAAAGUGGGGUCCAUUGAAUCUAUCGUAUCGCCUACCGCAGCAGAUAAUCACCCCAAAACGGUACGAUGAAAAAAGACCAGUGGAUUGAUUUGAUCAGCCUUUCGUCUAUUGCUAUUUCUUUGUAAAUAGUUACGUAUAUCAGAAAACUGAGCUCCGUUUUGUUGAAGAGCGAAGAGGUUUUGAGCAUUCGUUCAAGUUCACUAAAUUCAUCUGUAAUAGUUCUUUAAAAAAAAAAAAGAAAAAAAAGAAGGUUCUAACACAAGUAUACCAUGUUGUACUAGGAUAAACUGUAUCCAACAACAUUUGUAGUAAUCUAUGUAAUUUUUUGUAUCGAU